CGCUGGAAGGGCCAGUCCUGGCCCUCCUAGUCAGCGAGCUCAGGCAGAGAGAGUGCCGCAGUGCCCGCGGAGAAAGGGCCUGGCUGGGGUUCAGCCAGCUGGGUUCCCAGGAUGCUUGGGCCCAGCUCGGUUCUGUGACCCGGGCAAGUCCUUUCCUCCCCAGCCCGUUUCCUGCCUGCUGAGCGGAGAGAGUAAAACCAGGCCUUUUGCCACGCACCGGGGUUCGCGCGCCCCGCAUUUGGCAAUGCACCUGUUUUUCUGGCAUACCUGGUUGUGCAAUGCGCGCGUCCAAGGGCCGCUGAGCAGCGAAAGCCGACACACCCACAGGGCGCUCCCGGAGCCGAAGCUCAGACCCUCCCACCAGCGGGAGGCGGCCGGGGAGCCGGAGGCGGCAGUACCCUGUGCCUUCCCGCGCGGCCCCUCGCCUCCCGCGCCGGGCUCGCCCCAGCCACGGCACCCACCCCCCUCACCGCAGCCUCCGGGGGCAGGGGCAAGGCCCGGGGAGCAGGGGGGCUGCCAUGGCGGAGCCGGAGGCCGCGGCCGAGAACCUGGACGCCCUCGUCGACGACCUGGACUACCUGCCGGGCCACUUCCACCUGGAGAUGCAGCUGAACUUUGAGCCGCGCUCGCCGGCCUCGCUCCGCGCCCGGGACCUGAAGCUGCAGCGGGACGGCCUCCGGCAGGAGCUCGAGCUGGCGGCCGCCCCGCAGCGCCCCGCCGUGCGCCACCUCCUAGGCGCCUUCGCCUUCUACCUGGAGGAGCUGGACGAGGCCCGCGAGCGCUUCCUCGAGGUGGCCCGCGAGGACCCGGGCAACCUCAACGCCUGGGCCAACCUGGUGCACGUGUACGGGCGGCUGGGCCAGGAGGAAGACGAGGAGGCGUGCGCCGGGCGGCUGGCCGGCCUCAUGGGCCUGGCGGCCGAGGGCCAGGCGGCCGGGGACCCUCGGCUCCGCGCCGCGCGCUGCCUGGCCGAGCAGGGCUACGCGCACGGCUUCGACGUGGGCUGCGCCAGCCCGGAGGAGCGAGCGCGGGUACUGGCCGCCGGCAUCGCGCUCUACGACAAGGCGCUGGGCUACGGGCAGCAGAUCCCAGCGGAGGAGAAAAGGGGCUGGUACUUCACCAUGGCUACGCUCUUCAUCAGGCUAGAUGGCAUCUUCCUGGAGCUGGGCAGUGAGGAGCAGAAGAGGCUGCCUGCCUUCAACCGCACGCUGGCCCUGCUCCGGCAAGUGCUCAAGUCCUCAGACCCCCACCACCAAGCUCUGGCCUGGUGCUACCUCGGGAUGCUGCUGGAGAGGAAGGACACCUUCUCCACCACCCCCAUGGGUGUCCACGACUGCGGGUACUCGGGAACCGACCCCCUGGACUGCUUUGGCAAGGCCAUUGAGAUAGCCAAGGACCAACCCCCCAUCCUGAAUCGCCUGGCCAAAAUCUUCCACUUCCUAGGGAAGCAGGAUAUGGCCAUUGGAACCUGCAACAUGGCUCUAGAUGUCCUACGGGAUCCGGAGCUCAACUGGCAGGCAUACUGCACAAGGGCCAAGAUCCACCUCAGAGCCUACCUGCACGACCUGGAGCGAGCCAAGAUGGGGCUCGGGGGCAUGCCUGACAGGAACCACCUGGCCUGUGCCAAGGCCGACCUGGAGGAAGUGGUCAAGGUGUGCCCGGGCCUCAAGACCUACCUGGACAUUGGCCAGGUCUACUACUACAUGGGCGUGGACGCGGUGCAGGAGCUGCUGGCGGUGGACGAGGCGGCGCUGAACCAGGCGCUCGUCUUCCUGGCCAAGGCAGGCGAGUCGGAGCUGGGCGCCACGCUGCCCGAGCUGCAGCUGCUUAGGGGCAAGUGCCUGCGCAUCAAGGGCGAGGAUGCCAACGCGGCGGCCUGCUUCAAGCGCGCCGUGGAGCUGGACGACGCGGGCUCCAGCCACACCGAGGGCUUCGGCUGCCUGCUCGAGGCGCUGCUGGCGCAGUGGAGCCAGGAGCAGCUGAGCGACGCCGAGCUGGGCCGCGAGGUGGACGCGUGGCUGCGCCGCGCCCAGGGCAAGUACCCCGCGGCGCGCCUGCGCCAGGAGCUGCAGCGCGUGUGGCGCGGCCACACGGGCGAGGUGCUGGGGCUGGCCCGGGCCUUGGUGGCCCAGGGACGGCCGGCGCUGGUGCGACUGCUCUUCGAGACCAUGGAGCAGGAUGGCGAGGGCUCGGGCGUGCCGCGGGGCCGCCGCGCCUUCUCCCUCUAAGGGCCCUCGAGGCCCCGCCCCGCCGAGGCCCACCUUCAGCUGAUUGGGCCGGGUCUGGGCGCUCAAAACGGGCCCGCCCUGCCAUAGGCUGGCUGCUGAGCCGAGCCAAUUAGAUUCUCUUCCGGGUAUUGGGAGGGACGUUGAGAAACCGGGGUGGUUUGGCAUGCCCAGCGAGGCACAGAGGGCUGAUUAAGGACCGCAGGGAGGUAGGUAAGGCCCCUGGGAAACUGCCUGAUGAAGGGCCGAAUUGUGCAAAUAUGCGGAAAAAGUAAGAUGGAUGCAAGAUACCGAAGGUAAUUGCCCCCAUUUGGGCGGCUCUUUAGUCCCCGUGCGCAAUCCUUGAGGCCGGAGUUCCUGUCUUUGAGUUGCCGUGAGCCACACUCUAUCCUUGUAAUAAAGCCCCCUGUACAUACAUU